AUGGAAGAGCCACUUACAGAAGAAGGGACCUCUAAACCCUUCAGAAAGGGAGCUUUUGGGAGCCCAGGUCACAGGCAGAGCACCUCCUUGACCAGUGUGGCACCACCAUUUGCAUUUGGCCAGCAAGCCAUGGACAAAGCCCUCAAUGUGACCCUUAUUGUGGUCCUCUUCGUCAUCAUGGUAUCUCUGGGGUGCACGAUGGAGACAGCCAAGAUCACAGCUCACCUCAGGAAACCCAAAAGUGUGGCAAUUGCCAUAAUGGCUCAGUACAGCAUCAUGCCCUUGACAGCAUUCGUAUUGGGCAAGCUCUUCCAGCUGGGUGCUAUGGAAUCCCUGGCCAUCCUCGUCUGCGGCUGCUGCCCAGGGGGAAACCUCUCCAACAUCUUUAGCCUGGCACUGAGAGGGGACAUGAACCUCAGCAUUGUAAUGACCACAUGCUCAACGGUCCUGGCAAUUGGACUAAUGCCUCUGCUUCUCUACCUUUACUCGGGAGGACUAUAUGAGGGUGAUUUGGACGGCAAGGUACCUUACAAAGGAAUAAUCACCUCCUUGGUGCUAAUGCUAAUCCCCUGUGCCAUCGGCAUCGUCUUGAAUGAGAAGAAACCACAGUACGCUGGCUUUAUCAUCAAGGCAGGGAUGGUUGUGCUUCUACUGUCAUCUGCUGCAAUAAUUCUUCUGUCUGUGGCCAACGUGGGAAGCGGUAUCACGAUUGUCUUCUCACCAUCCCUCCUGGGGUCUUCUGCCUUGAUGCCUUUUAUUGGAUACCUGCUGGGCUAUGUUCUCUCUGCAGUCUUCAAGCUUAAUGAUCGAUGCAGGCGGACAGUGUGCAUGGAAACUGGCUGCCAGAACGUAAAGCUUUGCUUGACUAUCCGCAAGGUCACCUUCACCCCAGAAGUCAUCAGCCCCCUGUACUUCUUCCCACUACUCUACUUCUUCUUCCAGCUUGGAGAGGGACUUCUGCUCAUCCUGGUCUUUAGGAUCCAUGACAGAAUAAGGAAACCAAGUGGCAACUACAGCUUUUCUCCUGUGUUUCUUACGGCUAUGCCGACGGAUGACUGUUGA